AUGAAUCCAAAUAAUCCAAACAACAAUAAUAAUAAUAAUACAAGAAAAACAAACAAUGUUAACAAUAAUACAUUAGAGAAUAGCAGCAGCAGUGGUGAUAUUCCUAUACUUGUUACAUCACCUCUUUUAAUUGGAGAGAGUCGAGCCAGAAGUAAUAGUAGUAUCAAUCUCAAUCUUAACAGUACCAUUGUCAACAAUUCAAAUAGCAAAAAUAACAACAAUAGUAAUAGUAAUAAACAUGUUAAAACAUCACCAAAUAGUUCAUCACCACCUGUACCUUUAUCACCAUCUUCCGCCAAACCACCUUUAUCACCAACAAUACAAUCUAACAAUAUUAAUAUAAGUAACAGUAGUACGAGCAGUAGUAGUAGUAGUAGUAGUAGCAGUAGCGGUAAUAGCAAUCCAAAUACACCUAAAAUACAAACACCACCACUUUCAACAUCACCAGCAACAGCAACAGCAACAGUCUCUGCAAUACUGACAUCGACGACAACACUACCACUGGUGACUUCAUCAACUAUCAAACUAUCACCAAGAAACUAUAUACCAAGUGAAGAUCAUCAAAUACAACAAAUAAAGAAACAAGUAUUACAACAACAGCAACAAGCAGCACAACCACAACAAAGAAUGGCAUCAAAAUCAUUGUCAUCCAAUAGCAAUCCAAAUGUGGCAGGAUCAUCACCUUUACAGUCACCAGCUGGCUCAGGUCAGAAUUCACCACUGAAUUCCAAUGUAAAUUCACCUCGUUCCGUCAGUACUCCAAACAUCCUGGCGAUACCACUCAACUCUAGAACCUCUCUUUUAUCUUCACCAAGAAACAUUUCACCAAAAACUGUAUUGAAUAAUAACAACAACAGUAGUGGUAACAACAACAACAACAACAAUGAUAAACCAAAGUUACAAUAUUCAAGUUCAAGAAGUAGAUUCACAAAUUUCGAUGAAUUGAUGGAUAUGAAACAACCACAGCAGCAACAACCGCAACAUCAAGCAACAGUUCCAAAGAGUUAUAGUUCACCUUCAAUCGGUAGUAGUAGUAAAAACAAUAGUAGUACUGGAAGAAUUACAAAUACUCAUUUGAUUGGUGGUGUGGGUGCUGAAGAUGACGAAGAAGAAGAAGAAGAAGAUGAUACAGAUACAAAUACCGAUGAAGUUAAGAAAAGAAUAGACGAUGCAGGUGGUGAAGAUAAUAGCAGCUUCUCAGAUGACUCUAUAGAUUUGAAUUCUGAAGAUUUCGAAUCUACUGAUUCGGAAGACUCUGAUUCCUAUGACUUUGAAUCAACAGUAAAACUACAGCAACAGAAGCAACUACUACAACAGCAACAACAUCUAUCACAUAAACUACAAUUUCCACAACUUCAACUAUCAAACUUACAUGUACAUUCAAAUUUAGAAACAAACAACACGGCAGCCGCUACCACCGUAUCAUCUCCAUCCUCUCACAGAGUAAAGAACUAUGGAGGUAGCAUCAGUGCCAAUCCAUCACCAAAAGAUAACCCGAACAACAACAUUAAUAAUCAAACACAACAGCAUCAGCAACAACAACCACAGACAAAAGUAUCACCAACUUCAGCAACAACAACAACAACAUCAACAACUACAGCAACAACAACUACAAAUAGCAAUAGUAAUAGCACACCAACGACAAGUUCACCAAAUAGAAGACCACUGAAUCAGAGUCAGUCUACGUCGUCUAUUCUCUCUGGCUGGGCGAACAAGUCAAAGGAGUUCAUGGUGGACCGCAAGAAACAAGUGGUCACUUCAACGACCAAGCAACAACAGCAUCAGGUCGAUGAUACAAUAGAGCUUGGAAGCAGCAGUGAGUUCGAACAGAGAGAUGGAAAGUUGAAUCUUAUACCAAUUCCUACAAAACCUACCACACAAACAACUUCACCAUCCAACAAUGAGAUUGACAGCAAUCAUUCACUUUCUACAUCACCUAUCUCCACUAAUAAUUCGAUGACUACAUCUCCAAUUGCAUAUUUUACUUCAACUUUUAAACAACAAACAACAGCAACCGGAACGGAAUCAUCAACAGAACAACAGCAACAACAAGAAGAUAAUACAACAACAACAACAACAACCAGUACAGGAACAGUAACAAUAACAGGUACAAGUACAGGUACAGGUACAUCUCCUAGCCUAAUGUCAAAUCAUCGAUUGCUUAAUAAUAAUAAUAACAACAAUAACAAGUCAUUAUUACCAAUACCAAAAGUUGAGAGUGAACAACAACAACAACAACCACCAAAACAAUAUAAAUCAUCUAAACAUCCAUUACAAAGAGGAUACUCUGCACCUAUCAUUAAUAAUACGGCAACUAGAAAGCUUACUUUACAAGAGAUAUUAAAUUCCUCACCUCCUUUGAUUGCCUCACAGAAUCGUCCGUUCCAAAAACAAUCACUUCUUAGUGUACAAAACAAAGACAGCACCUCGCCAACCACAAAAUCAACAUCACUGCCGAUCACAGCAGCUUCAUCUCCAGUCAGACUAACACAACAACAGCAGCAACAAAGUGGCGUUUAUUCAUCUCCAGCUAAUACAAGUCCAUCUACAUCACCUGCUUCCUCGCCCUCAAUGAAAUCUAAACCAACAACCACCACUCCUACAACAACAUCAACAACAACAACAACUAUAACAAAUUCAACUAGUGUUUCACCAUCAUUAAAUUCAACCAUACAAAAUGUUAGUAAAUCAAAUACAAACAGUCCAAUUCCAAGUCCAAUGGUGAUGUCACCGAGUGGUGUUUCACCUCCAAUGUCCACUCCAUCAAUGCCAUCUUCACCGAUGCCAUCAAGCUCGCCACUUGUGUCGACACCACCAAUGUCAGUGUCCUACGCUAUUCCAAAACGACUGAUUCCACUCUCGGCCUAUUCACCCACAAGCAGCAACAGUCCGGCAGCUGCCAUGACACCGACACUCGAAUCCACUUCACCACCCAUUGGAAGAGCUGUUCAUAAACAUCAAAGAGGUGGCGUAGGAGUAGCAGGAUCAGGUCAACAACAACAACAACACUCCAGCACAACACCCAACAUUAGUCCAUCGUCGUCACCUCGCUCUUCACCACCUCACACACCUAUUCCACAGUCACCGGUACUCCGAUUCAAAUUCCCACACCCAAUGCGAUCACCACUCUCCUAUGAUUAUCCAUCAUCCUCGAGUGACUAUCCUUCUUCGGUUGGAUCACCAUCGUCCGCUUCAUCCUAUCAGAGUACAACAACAUCACUCAAUCCACCCAACAACAAAACACAUCCAUUUGAAUCGCAAACAUCGAAUUCGCCAAAUGACAAACUACUACGAACCAUCAACCAGCUGAUACACCAACCAGAACAGCUAACUAAACUGCGACAGUUCGUACAAAGUUUGGUUUAUGAGAAUGUCGACAAAUCAGUACACAUCGAAAUCAAUACAACUCCAAGGACUCUACUCAACAUUCAACGUAACUACUCUCAUUCACUUAUAAUCAAUGAUAAAGAUGAAAUCCUAAUAGCAAACAACAAUAACAACAAUAACGAUAAUCUUGAUAAUAAUAACAAUAACAUUAAUAAUAAUGAUGGAGAAAAAGAAGUUAUUUCUACUUCUACGACAACGACAACGACAACAACAACAACCUCAUCAUUUUCACCAGCUACAAAUAUUAUAAUAAGUAAUAAUGAUAAUAAUAAUAAUAAUAAUAAUAAUAAGACAAGUAAUAUAAAUAAUAGUAAUAGUCAUAGUUUUAAUUCAACCAUUAAGAGGAGUAGUAAUUUAUUACCACCUUUAUUUACACCGGUUCCAAUUUAUAAAUCAAAACCUCAUCUUUUGGUUUCAAGAAAAUCGACAUCCAGUAUUCAUAGUGAGUAUAAGUAUACUCCCAGUUCAUUAAUGCCAUCUUCAUCCGCCUCAACAACCAACUCACCUUCGACCUCCACCAAUAGCUCUGGUUCAUCAUCGAUAAAGUCUUCACCUCAGGAAUCACCGGUUCUCUCUCCGACUCCCUCACCCAGAGCCGGUGACAAAGUACCACCUCCACUGGCCACUGGAUUCGAUAUAUUCGACUUGGUAAAGAAAGAACGUCCAUCUGCUGCUAGAAAGCGAUCGGAACCACUAUUGAUGUCUCCCAAUUCACUGACUCCUCGCAGCCAUCAACAAAAGACAGCGGCAACAAAUACUGCUAAUACAAGUGGAUCUAGACUAUCACUUUCACCAUUAGAGUCAAACACUACCAAUAGUGCUAGUCCAAACAAUAGCAGCUCAUUGCCAAGUCCUACAGCAUCAGCAAAUUCCUCGCCUAUAAAGACAUCGGAGCCACCACAAAUUGGUGUUCUAUCUCCAACCAUUACCAGACCAUCGUUGUGUAGACGUCUCUCUGGUAACAUCGUUCGUUCAUUACCACCUUUGAGUUCAACAUUGAUCUCCCCGAGAAGAGUUGAUCCAACUGUCAUUGUUACCAAUAAUGAAACAUCGAGUUCAACAACAACAACAUCGACAACCACAUCAAUAUUCUCUAACAAUACCUUUGAAGUACAUUCUAUUCAUAGUAUUGGUCAAACUAAAUCAACAACGCCGAUAUUAUCAAAGACACCAACAGCAAUAACAACAUCAUCAUCAGGAUUAGUUUCAAACAAUAUCUCUGGAUCAUUACAAGUACACGAUUUAAUUGAACCCUCCAUUUCAGAUCCAUCAAUGACAUUCUCAUCUGAAAAACUUUUACAACAAAUACAAUCGAUGAACAACAAACAACAGCAACAACAAUUUGAUCAAGAUUUGGAGGUGUUAGAGUCAAGCCCAACAGGUCAAGUAAUGGUCAUCACAUUAUUGUCGAAUUGGGGAGAUACUCAUAGCAUCACUCUGGCAAUGAUUCGUUUUUGGAACUAUAAUAAAUCGAGAAUACAUAGUGCACGAGGUGUCAAAGAUAUAGAGAUUACUCUUGACAAUUCACUCAUCUUCAAAGGUGUGAUCAAAAGAGCAUCUGGAAUGUUGAGUGAAUGCGAUGAGUGUGCAGAGUACAUUAUCUUCAACAACGACGAUUCAGUGCUGGAUUUGAUUGAACAGAACGAUCCGUACUCUCCUUCCUCUCUGGACGAUGAAGAGGAAGAAUCUUUCUUGGAGCCUGUCAAUAGCAAUGCUCCGACAGAGGAUGAAAACAAUCUAAACAAACUGCCCAAUCAUCAUCGUAUUGAAAAUAUGUUCUCUCGAAUGAAUGUAGAGAGGGAUGGCAAGCUGGCAUCGAGACGCGCCAGUGAGAGUGAUUUCACAACGGUGCUCAAGCGCGAGCAACUACAACAACAGGAACAGAUGCUCCAAUUAGAAAGAAAGUCUAGCAAUACCAAGGAUAUCUGCAAAGAGGAGAUCAACAAUGAAUCACUUCCAAAGGGUAGGCUGUUGAAGAUUCAAUUCAAAUCGACAUGGGGAGACCGCUACUAUCUUGGAUUGACAUCGAUUGAAGUCUAUGACGAGAAUUACCAACUCAUUAAACUUCAACUUUCCAAUCUCAUUGCCAAUCCAAAGGAUAUUAAUGAUUUGCCUGGGCACAGUGGUGACUAUCGUACAUUGGACAAGUUGAUCGAUGGAAAGAAUGUAACAACUGACGAUCAACACAUGUGGAUGAUUCCAUUCCGACAGAAACAUCAACAUGAUCAAACAGACUAUCAUCUCACCUUAGAUCUUGGUGUAGAGACUACUCUCAGUUGUCUUAGAGUUUGGAACUACAACAAGAAUGCCGACGACGCUUCCAGAGGAGCCAAAGAGGUUGUGAUAUCACUCGAUGGAAAAUGCCUUACCUCUGGAUACAUAUUUAGAAAGGCACCUGGUGAGUCCAACUUUGAUUACGGUCAAACCCUAUCAUUUAUUCACCAUGACAAACACUCGCAAGAAUCCAUAUCGGAAUCCUACGAUAAGAUGAUGAUAUUCUCCAAACAAUCCUAUAUUCCUCAAGAUUACAAGACUUUAUUUAUACCAUCUGGAUUUGUUUUCAAAUUUGUUUUAUUAUCUUCUUGGGGAGAUAAAAGUUAUCUUGGUCUCAAUGGAAUGCAAUUAUUUGAUUGGAAUGAAGAUUUAAUAGAUGUAUCUAAAAGUCGUACUGUACUUUUACCACCAGCAUUGAAUAAUGCUAGCAAUGAUCAAACACUUUCAAGACUAUUCGAUGGGAUUAACAGUGGUUUUGACGAAAAACAUGCUUGGUGUACACAUGCAUUGUAUCCUUAUGAUAGAUCGUCGACUGGCCUUAUACCGAUCAGUAUUUGCUUGUAUUUCGACUAUCCAAUCUCCCUCUCGAUGGUCAAGAUUUGGAAUUACUCACGUGUACCAACCAGAGGAGUUGAGGAAUUUGCAAUGUACAUUGACGAUCUCUUGCUCUUCAAAGGAAAACUUUCACCUUCACCAACGUAUCCAUCCACUUCUGUAGAUAACAAUCACGAUUUUUCACAAACUAUACUAUUUAGUCACAACUCUGAACACCUACAAAAAGAAAAGAUUUAUCGAUUCACUGGAUCCAAACAAAAAGUCAACUUUAUCAACAAUAAUAAUUCUGUUAAGAACUGA